AUGAACUCAGUAAACAAUACUGAAAUUGGCCCUGGAUCAAUUAAUCAGCAACGACCGAGGCUUGCAGGAGAAGCGCCGGACACUCAAGCAUUAGCUGCUGAAGCUGUACAGCGACAAGUAUUGCCACAACCAAAUCAGUUUGGUGCGGUACGGGAUAGGUUGUUUCAUGCGAUGCUUAUACGCGUAGCAAUUAGUUAUAAUCGACAUGUUCCUGUUUUGGGCAAACGUUUCAUUGAAUUUUCAUCUUUAGUAACAGCAAUAGUGUUGCUGUCUAUAAUGAUUUAUGUACAUCAUUUUUUUGAUGAAGCAGACAGCAACUGUUUAGCACCAUUCGUAGAUCAGUGGCCCAGAAAUGGUGUUUUACGCGUAGAAGUUGUCAGAAAUUUGAAGAAAUUUAAUGCUUAUCAAGAUAGAUUACUAGAAAAAUCUUAUGGGAAACAAAAUAGUGAAAGUAAUACAACUGUUUAUGAUUUGAAGCGUGUAUUAAUGAAGGGCCCUAGCGCUUUGCCGAAAGAAUUACGAAGUAGACCCAGGCAUCACUUUCGGAAAAAGAGCGACCAUUGGAGCAGCUUUUUAACUUCAGAAGACUCAUUAUUGAAUCUUUUUAUAAGAUCAGAUAAUGGUUUGAAAAAGAAGCUUUUUUUAGAGGAGUUAGACGACGAUGAGUUUGACUUUGAGUCAGAGGAUUUAUUUGAUGAUUCGGACGCAAGUUUCGAGUAUGUUGUAGAAUAUUCUUUGUAUUAUGGUUUGCUAAAAUUACCCCAUUCGUAUCGUCUUGAACACAACAUAUCAUUUCUCCUUGUUAGGUUAGAUCCUGAAGUUGAUAGUUGUUUUGGUGAUUGGGUUAGUCGUGCAUUGAUGAAGAAUUUUAUUGGUUAUGAAGAUGUGUUAAUGUCUUCAGUAAAAGCUUUGGCUGAAAAUGAAACUGACAAAGGAUAUUUACGGGAUAUGAUCACCGGCGAGCAUUACCGAUUCGUCACUAUGGGUAAUCCAAGAGCAAGUUAUUUCACUGCUUUAAUUGUUAUGCUAAUUUUUACGUUUGCGAUAUCGAUGUUGCUGCGUUUUUCGCAUCAUCAAAUAUUCUUAUUUAUUGUUGACUUACUACAAAUGUUUGAGCUCAAUCAAGCAUUGGUUUUUCCGGCUGCACCACUUCUCACCGUUAUUUUAGCUCUGGUUGGUAUGGAGGCCAUAAUGUCGGAAGUAUUCAAUGAUACCUCCACCGCAUUUUAUGUGAUACUACUAAUCUGGAUAGCAGAUCAGUAUGACGCUAUUUGUUGCCACUCACCUAUCAGCAAAAGACAUUGGUUGAGAUUCUUUUAUUUAUAUCAUUAUGCAUUCUAUGCUUAUCAAUAUCGGUAUAAUGGUCAGUAUGGUAGUUUAGCCUUACUUACUUCUACACUGUUCAUUUUGCACUCAAUGAUCUUCUUCUUCCAUCAUUAUGAGAUGCCUUUAAUUAUUUAUCACGAUAGGUUGCAAAGAAUUAUCACUGACAUGCAACAUAAUCCGCAACCAGGUGGAGGAACAGCUGCUUCUCCAGGUACGCAAACUGCAACAAACAUUUCUCCUAAUGCUACAUCAAUGGUACCAUCGACGGCAAAUGUAGCCGUUGAAGUUUCAACAGACAGAAAUCUAUAUGACGGAGAAGCCUCAUCAUCCGGAGUUGAGACUACUGCAGGCGGUGCAUGGUCAUCCGAAACGGAAGAAGUGUCGUCUGCACUCAGCAAACAACAAACUACAGUUGAAUUAGAUGAAGGUAGUAAUUCAGUAGCUGAAAAUAGUAAUUUGACUUUGAGCGAUCCUUUAUUAAUGGCUGGUGAACGCACAGCACAUGAAAUUGUUGAUAGUGCUAUUGACUGCGUGUUUAACUCAUCGGUAGCAAGAAGAGAAGCUCCUAUUUCGUGA